GUCAGUUUCCUGCUUCUUUCUCAGCGCCGAGGCACAAAGAUUCGUCUUGUGGUGGGUGGAGGGGGUGGAUGAGAGCCUUGUGGCCCAGACUGGAAUUUGUCAACUUUCUCUCCAUAUAUAGGCAGGAGCUACCAAGCGGGCGGGGCAACCAGCCCAUCAAAAGAGCGUUGACAUUUCAUCCCCAUUCGCAUUUCUCUUGGAAGGAAACUGCGCGCAGUUCGAGUUACAAGAGUUACAAGAGUUUUUAAAACAGCAACAUGUCACACUCCAGCAAGCAGUUUAACAGCGGGCCCUCGUACGGGCUAACAGCAGAAGUGAAAAACAAGAUCGCUCAGAAAUAUGAUCACCAGAAGGAGGACGAGCUCCGAGUUUGGAUUGAGGGGAUCACCGGGAAGCAGAUCGGGAACGACUUUCAGAAAGGCCUGAAGGACGGAGUCAUCCUUUGCGAGCUCAUUAACAAAAUCAAACCAAACUCUGUAAAGAAAAUCAACAUGUCCGCUUUAAACUGGCAUAAGCUGGAAAAUGUGUCCAAUUUUAUCAAAGCAAUGCAGAAUUACGGCAUCAAACCACACGACACGUUUGAGGCAAAUGAUCUUUUUGAGAAUGGGAAUAUGACCCAGGUACAGACAGCGCUACUGGCCCUGGCAGGCAUGACCAAAACCAAAGGCAUGCAGGCUGGAGUUGACAUUGGUGUCAAAUUUGCCGACAAGCAGGAGCGAUCGUUCGAUCAAGAGGUCCUGAAGGCGGGGCAAUGCGUUAUUGGACUUCAGAUGGGAACCAAUAAAUGUGCCAGCCAGAGUGGCAUGAGUGCCUAUGGAACCAGGCGGCAUCUCUAUGACCCAAGGGCACAAAUCCCCACCUCAAUGGACCAGUCGACGAUCAGUUUGCAGAUGGGGACCAACAAAGGGGCGAGCCAGGCUGGGAUGACUGCUCCGGGCACCCGCAGACCCAUUUACGACAAGAAGCUGGGCACCGAGCAGUGCGACAACAGUACGGCCUCGCUGCAGAUGGGGAGCAACCAAGGAGCCACCCAGAGUGGCACCAACUUUGGCCUGGGUCGGCAGAUCUACGAUCCCAAGUAUUGCCCCAAGACUGAGCAAGGACAGAACGGGAGCCACACCGAUUACAAUCAAGAGUACGUGCCAGAGCACCCAGGCCAGCACUACUGACCCCGGCACCCCAACGCGGACACUGCAGAGUAACAGCUGGAGUUUAUGUGGCCAUGUCCCAACUUUCCCCUCUGUCGCAGCGAAUGUCUCUGCAACAUUUCAAGUAUGUUUCAGCCCCUGUCCCACUUGGGAAACCUGAACGGAAACCUCUGGAGACUUUGCGCCCCACCCAAGGUUUCCGUGCGGUUCCCGGAGGUUUUUUGUCAGUCUCCCUACCUGCUUCCACUACCUGCAACCUCCGGCAACCACCUGCAACCUCCGGGAACCACCUGCAACCUCCGGGAACCGCACGGAAAACUUGGGUGGGGCGCAAAGUCUCCAGAGGUUUCCGUUCAGGUUUCCUAAGUGGGACAGGGGCAUUACUCUAGUGAUUGUGACCAGAAGCUGAUAUUAAUCUGCCUUCCAAAAUCCUCAUGUUUGUUUAACUUGCAAUAUAAACCCUGCAGUGACGGGCGAAAGGGAGACAUUUGUUUCCUCUGAAAAUUUGUUCUUCAAAUUUAAAACAAGAACUCGUACUGGGGUUGGCGUGAAGUGGCUGAUGUUUGGGUGAGGUCGGGGAAAAGGGGGGGGGGGUUUGUUUGUUUCGUUAUUAAGGAGACGGGAGAAAGCAGCGCUUAGUGACGGUGCAAUGUUUAGCGAUUGUCCUUGCGAGUCUCCAGCCAUUGUAACUCGUCCCACGAGAGUAUGCAUUUUAAGUGAGAACAGCUUGUUUUUAAGGAUUUGUUUUUUUUUAAAUCAAUACAUAUUUCCUCCUUUUUCAACAAAAAGGUUGUGAAUGCUCUGAGGCGUGAAUGUGUGUGUGUGUGUGUGCGCGUGCGCGUGUGUGCGUCUGUGUGCGUCUGUGUGUGUGUGCGUGCGUGUCUAAGUGUGUGUGUGUAU